AUGCAAAUUAAUAAAGUCUUCAUUAAAUCUUGUGAUGCACCAUCGGGAAUACUUAGUUCCAGAUUUAUUACUAAAAAUGGAAGGAAGAUUACACUAAUCCUAUCUGAUUCCAAAUUAUAUCGAAUUGUAAACUAUAAAAAAUACUUAAGUCUGACAAAGGUUUAAAAGUGACUUCUCUAAAUAGUCAUUUACGCUUUCAAAUCAAACCAAACAAAUUGCAGAACUAUCUCAUUUUAGAAACCGACUUUUUACCUAAGCCAAUAGAGUAUUAGUUCAUGGAUUAACCAGGGAUGUGGGAGAUCAUGUUAAAAUAGAAAUUACCACUUAUGGAUUAUCAGAAAUAUUAUGAAAUCGAAAAAUUAAUUGGCAGUGGUAGUUUUGCUAGCGUUUACAUUGGAAAUUCAAAGGCUGAUGGUACCAAAGUAGCAAUUAAAGCUUUCCUUAAAAAAAUGCUUAUGUUAUCAGAUCCAAUUUAAUGGAGGGUAAUAUUUUAUUUAUCUCUAGUAAUAAAUUGACAAUGAAGUCAAAGUCAUGAAGUAUAUGAAUCAUUAAAAUAUAUUGAAAUUGUACGAUGUUUUUGAGAACAAGGCUCAAAUUUACUUAAUUACCNUUGUAACAGAGUACUGCGCUGGGGGAACUCUUUUUGAUUUAUUGCAUAGAAAAAAACAUUUAGAAAUUAGUUGGUAAUUAAGAGUUAAAAUGGCAAUUCAAAUAGCUGAUGGGAUGCUUCAUCUGCAUAAAUUAAAUCCUCCGUUAAUACAUAGAGAUCUAAAGAGUCUAAAGUAAUUAUAAUCAUCAUUAAACAGUUUGCUACUUGAAUAGUGCUACGAUUAAAAUAAGAUAAAUAUCAAGAUUGCUGAUUUUGGAUUAGCUAGGGUGUAAGCAGAUAAUGGUGAAUAAAUGACAGGUGUCUUAGGAACUUUUGUAAUUUAAUUAUUUUACAUUAGCAUUGGAUGGCUCCAGAAGUGUUUUAAAAUGUUCCUUAUACUAUUAAAGCUGAUGUCUAUUCAUUUGCAGUAAAAUAAACAGUUCUAUGAAAUUUAGAUAGUGUUAUGGGAAAUAUGUUGUAGAGAAACUCCAUAUAAACAAUUAUCCACUAAUCCACCUGCUAUCAUGAAAUUAGUUGCAGUAGAUAAUGGAAGACCAGAUUUGAGUUUAAUAUAGGUUGGAUGUCCUAUAUUUUUGAAAGAGUUGAUGAUUAAAUGUUGGGAUAAGGAUCCAACAAAACGCCCAACUUUUUAAGAAGUGUUAUAGUACCUAAGGGGAUUUUCAUGA